AUGUCUUUAGAUGUGCUUUUGAAAUGUGAUUUUUCUGAAGCAGAAUUACCUUUCGAUUGGAUACGAAGCGUUCUGUUUUCUAUUCCAUCAAACGUAAAGAUUGUUAUCAUCGGGGUGCAGACUAGGAUGCUUGUUUUUGGAGAGUUAUCUCGGAACACUGAAGAGUUUGCCCUACUUGGUGAAUUGAAGUUUCAAAGUUGCAUCAAAGCAAUUAGUUGUUUGUAUUUUUCUUCGUAA